GUUGGUCAAUUGCAAACAAAUUUCACAACUGGUAGAGCAACCAUUGCGCCAUCACAACAAUGCCUCGUGGACGAUAAAUGAUCUCUCCAGCAUCCAGCCCUGGCCUAUAUCCCAAUUGAAGCAGCCUGAGAUCCUCGUUUCCUCAAACGAUGAUCACUCGACCUCCCCCAUUCACGACGACUCUGGUCUCCUCCUUCCUCAGACCCUCGCCAUCUAUUACACAAUCCUACGUGUGCAGACCAUGUCAACGUAGUCUGCACCGUGGCGUGCCGCAAGAUGGCCGAGUCCCAUCGCCUACACCUUUUGUACCCGACAUCCCUACCUUCUUCUCCUUGAUCGGCCGCGAAAUGAGCAAACACGCCAGCAAACUGCAAACCUGGGACGAGCUAUUUACUUUGACAUCAUUACAACUGAAAGAAAGAGGCUUUGAACCUCCACGGACUCGUCGAUAUCUCCUCCGGUGGCGAGAAAAAUUUCGCAGAGGUGAAUUUGGGAUUGGUGGGGAUUUCAAGUACAUCAAGGAUGGCGUGUCGGAAUUGAGAGUGGUGGAAGUGCCUGCAUUCCCAAAAGAUCUUAAGCCCGACCAACUUGCAACGGUGACCAAGACCCCAGGUCUACAGAAGAUCAUUGUCAACGUUCCCAAUGGCUCCGAUACAUACGUUUUGGAAGCAGGACAGACCACUGCCGAUCUGAAAAAGGCCCAAGGAUUCAAAUUGAAGAAUGGAUACAUCAUCACGGGCCCAUCGGCCCAUCCUCUGAAGGGGACGAAUGGAAGUGGUGCUACUUUGGUGGCUAGAGAAGGUCUGUGGGAACAUAAACGUGGUCACAAGAUUCACGGAGGUGAGAGGCGCAGGGCAGAGACAUUGCACAAGCUGCGGGUGGAAGAGAACAAGAAGAACUCGAGAUGAUUGAACCUGUCGAAUCUACAGACCUUGGGCUUACUACGACAGGUCCAAGUGGCUCGUUUGAUUUCUUUGUACAAUACCAGAAGGUUUUGAGGGAGAGCGGUGGCUUCAGGCGCUCCGGCUUCUAGUUGGGCGUUUGCUUCGUCUAAUCACUCGAGGAUGCAUAUAUAACAUGACAAAGAUAGCCUUCUCAAGAUCUUGAUGUGUCCUACUUUCUAUCCGUGAAGGCAGGGAUGUUUGAUCCAUAGGCCGCUGAUGCUUGCGCAAGUCAAUU